AUGGAUUCCAAAGAAGAUGGACAGACUUCUAAAGCAAAGGCUUCUCAUAAACCAUCCAAAACUCAAGCAACUGGACCUUCCACUGUGGAAAACUCAUCAUCACCUAAAAUCGCCAUGGCUGCAUCCAACUAUAUUGCACUUCUUAAAACCCAGGAACAACCUACAGAAGUCGGUGUUAUAGUUGAAUAUUUUCAAAAAUUUCCAUUGGCAUAUGUACUGCUUUCUACUUCUCCAGCUCCACACUCUCUUGUUUCAAACGUCUUCUAA